AUGUCUGUUCGCCGAACCAAGUUCAUUGUAGUGGUUGGCCCAUCUGGAACGGGCAAAACACGAUUCAUCAACCUCGCCUCAGAACAGUCACUUCCUGAAGGAAAUGACUCCGUCGAACUUUGCACGAGGACCAUACAAACUGUGGAGCUUAUGUUGGAUGAGCAACCCGUGGUUUUGAUCGACGCUCCUGCAUUCGAUGCGCCGGGCGUGCGUGAUAGAUCUAAAAGAACAAUCGCUACGUUCCUGCGAAUGCUACACAAACAGGAAACAGACCUGGUUGGCAUUAUAUACAUGCAUAGAAUCGUGGACAACCGCAUGGGGACCGCGAGCGUCGACGGCUUCCGAGCCUUCAAAGAAUUAUGCGGAGACGCCGCUAUGCCAAACGCAGCGAUUGUCACUACCAUGUGGGAUCUAGUCCAGGCGGGAGUAGGGGAGGCGAGAGAAAGCGAGCUUCGCACUGCGGACCACGGCUUCAGGUCUGCCAUUGAUGGUGAAGCCAAGCUUCGCCGACACUACAAUACGGCGGAAUCGGCGAAGAAUAUAUUGCGGGAACUGCUCAGAAAUACCCCGAAGCCCCUUCGAUGCCAGGUGGAUUCCGACGUUGGCAGCGUUAGGUCGAGCUAUGUACCUGCGCCAGCGCCAAAGCUGGGGAACGGACGCGUACCAGGAUGCCUCAGGAAGGUCCUUUAUCUUCUUUAUUGCGCAACUUCAUGUGAUGGGCGGCCCAACAUCGAGAGUUGUAUGAUCCAGUCAUCGGACGGCAAGAUGUAG